AUGGUGGAAACCCGACAACAGUCAGAGAUUGAUGCCCUUCGUGCUUCCAUCGAAACGUUAACUGCCUCCUUUCUUGAUGUGAACACUAGAAUGGAUCGUAGAUUGGACACUAUUGAAACUCGUAUGAAGGCCACUGAAGAGCAAAUUCAUAUUCUUGGCCAAGAAAAUCGCCAUAGGGGACAUGAGGGUAAUGGCCGUCAGAACCCUCCACGUGAUAGAAACGUUCGACAUAUUCCUCCAACCCGACUCACCAAAGUCAACUUUCCUCGAUUUGAUGGAACCGAAGUGGAAGAGGAUGAAACCAAAACAGACAUUGCUCCAAUCCAUUUUACGGGCAAUGCCAGAAUGUGGUACGGUUCCUAUUUGCAGCAACGCAAUCAUCGGGAAAUCUUGACGUGGGAAGUGUUCAGAAGGGAUCUACUAGCACAUUUUGGUCCCUCUAUGUAUGACACCCCCAUGAGACAUAUUAUGCAUCUGCGAAAGAAUGAGGAAUCAGUCAUGUAUUACAAUCAACAAUAUAUAAAUAUUUCCCAGAAAUUGCUUAACCUUCCAGGGGAGUACGUGAUAGAAUGUUACCUGGCGGGUCUGAACAAGGAAAUUGCAGAUGCUGUCAAACUUAGAAAUCCAGAAACUUUGAACGAGGCUAUGUCGAUGGCCAAAGCCCAAGAAUCAAUAUACAGAUCCCUGUGGAGCAGAGGAUACUUGUAUAGUAAAUCAACCCCUUUACUGCCCAAACCAGUCGGGCCAAGUUCCAACCGAACUUCUUUUUCGGGCAUUCCUCAUGCAUCUUCUUCUGGCGGGAAUCAGGGCUCGAUGAAACAAUUAGAACCUGCUGUAUUUGAUGAGAAAAGGAGAAAAGGCCUUUGUUACAGAUGUGAUCAGAAAUGGGAACCAAACCACAAGUGUAAAACAAAGUUGUUCAUGAUCUCGGCUAAUGAGGAAGAAGCCUUACCAGAUGUCCAAUUGGUUCAAGAAACGGUUGUUGACGAUCCUUCAUUGUUGCAGCCCAAUUCAGUGGAGGAGCCCGCCAUUUCUCUACAUGCCUUAACCGGUUACAAGAAUUUCCAAACUCUCCAGAUCCGGGGCAAGAUUGGGAGUCUGCCGGAUACUAAGAAAUAUAGGCCACAAGGCUUUGAAACUCAAGUGGUGUCGGUAAAAGUGGCAGACGGUUCAACACUGUUUUGUUCCAGCAUUUGCAAAAACCUGAAAUGGUCCAUGGAAGGUAAAGAUUAUCAAGCGGAUAUGAAAGUUCUUACUAUGACAGGUUAUGAUAUGGUGUUGGGCAUAGAGUGGUUAAUUACUUUAGGCACUUCAGCCUGGAAUUUUGAAAAACUUACAUUUUCUUUUGAAAUGGAGGGUGCAACUAUUACCUUGCAAGGGAUACCCCAAACACAAAUUAAUCUUAUAAAGGGUCACCAGUUGGAGAAAUUGUUAAGGAAGGGCAGCCUGGCUGCCAUGGUACAAGCAAAAACAGAGAAUGAAGCCCAGUUCUUUGCACUUAUCACAAGAGCCCAGGAAGAGGUUUCUGAAGAUCUUCACGGGUUGCUUGAUGAUUUUAGUACUCUGUUCCAGCAACCGGAUGUCUUACCACCUACAAGAGAGCACGAUCAUCGGAUCCCACUAAAGGAAGAAAUCAGAAAUUGA